AUGAAUAUGAAGCUUAUAAAAUGUUUUGUCUUGUAGGUUAUGCUAAUGAAGUAGGUGAAGCUUUUAGAGCCCUGACACCUUUGUGGUUUGUUAGGUCAACAUAUGGAGUUGCAUCAGCAUAUGUUAUUGCAGACACAUAUGAUAAGUCAACAAAAAUGAGUAAGCAACCAGGUGCUACCCAGCGUGCUAUUACUCAUGCCGCAGUUGAUACUCUUCUUUGGCAAGCCUUUGCAUCAGUGAUUGUACCAGGCUUUACAAUCAACCGUGUGUGUGCUGCCUCACUUUAUACCAUGGCCAAGAUUAUCCCAAGAAUCCCUCUAACGACAAGAAAAUGGAUAACAACAGCUAUUGGUCUGGGAUGCAUUCCAUUUAUUGUUCAUCCAAUUGAUAAUGGAGUUCAUUUUGUAAUGGAUAACUCUGUACGUAGAUAUAUGGAUCUUGCUCCGAGAGAGGAAGGUCAUGAAUAAAUUAAUAAAGAAUCUGUAUUCAUGGACAGAAGGCUCAAGUAAGUGUUGUCAUUUUACUUUUUUGUUGCCGGAUUGCUUAAAUCAGCUGUAAGAAUAUUUUAAUAACAAAAUUGUUAUCUGUUUUUUUAAAUUGUUAACAGUCUAUAAGUAACAGAUCUUUUUUAUUUAGAAAAGUAUUUUUUAGUCAGUGGCAGACCAGAGUACAUGCAUGUGUGCCUUAAUAUGUCUUUAGAAAAAAAUAUGUAAAACAUUUUUUAUAUAUAUAUAUAUAUAUAUAUAUAUAUAUAUAUAUAUAUAUAUAUAUAUACAGAUACAUAUAUAUUUAUAUUGAAAGGUCAUUACCUAAGUUUAUUUUAAAAUUUUGGUUCUACUUAAUGAGUUAAUUUGUGCUUACAAUAUGGUUGUGCAGAAAUCUGAAAAUUGUUGCAAUAUUUAUUAUUUAUGAACAUUACUCACUUGAAAUGUUACUGUUUUGUUUUAAACAUGCUUUGUAAAAGAUAAAAUAGGAUGCAUUAUUUCUUCCAUACUUAAUACUCAGGGUAGUCUGAAUUGGUACAUGCACUUGUUUAGCUGUUUACACCAAACUUUCACUGGUGUCCAUGAUGUUUAGAACUUUAAGGGUGCUCAGACAUCAAUGAAAUUGAGCUUGGCUGUAUAUACCUAUACCUGUUUGUUAUUAAUUUGUUACAUGUUUAACUGUGAAUAUAGAGAAAUCCUAUAUUCUGUAGAGUUUAUUUAUCAUAUUGUAUGAUAUAAAAUUUGAUAUUUAAUAUUGAAGAUGGUUGUUUACAUGCAACUUCAGAGGGACGGUAAUGAGUCAGCUCAUUCACUAGUACAAACACUCCCUUUUAUAAAUGAUUACACUGUAUCAGUUUAAUAGUAGUUUUAAACUUCUUAUUUCAAGAUUUAAAAACCAUUCCUUCAAAUUUAAAUGAUAUUGUUAAUUUAAUAUUUUGUAAAAAAUCAUUGGUUGUGAGAGGACCUAAUACCUCAUGAAUGUUUCACUUAAAAACACAAAAAUAUGCAGAUGAAGGUGAUUUCACUUGUUUGUAUAAGAGAAAAAACUGAAACAGUAAUAUUUUGAUUGAUAAUUUUCUACUUCUUUCAGCUUUCUAUUGAUGGGCCUUUCACUAUUUGAUAUGAAAAAGGCCAUUUUCCUAAGAAAUUUGUAAUGUUAUAUGUACAUUCUCAUAGUAAUAUAGCUUCCAACAGCAAUCAAAUUUAGCUUGUUAGUUGUGGCUUUUACAUAGACAUUAUUUCAUUUUUUUCAUUAGAAAAGUAAGUAUUGAAAUUGAAGCUAAUAUUAAGCUGUAACUUUUUCUCUUCUUUUACAUAAUUUUUUUGUUGUUAUUUCCUGGUGCAGGAAUGGUAUAUGCAUAUAUCAUAAAUUGUUAUUUCACUGCUAAUAAUAUACCUUUACUUGAGACAUUUACACUGUAGGCUUUGCUGAAGCAAAGUAUCUGCUAGUAAAGUAGCAAAAGAAAGUAAUGUCUGGCUUGCACCAAACAGAAUGAAAGAUUAGAAGAAGUAUAAAUUAUUGAAUGUUGUAAGAAGAAACACUUUUAACCCAUUAAUGCUGGAAGCAGAUGUAUGCAUGCCUGCUCCACUGUAAUUUCAGUUUACUAAUUUUAUUUACACAUAGAUGGCUUCACAAGUGCUUAGUCAAGACAGAGCCAUUUACUAGGUCUGAUUAAUAUAAUCUGCUGAUCUUGUUUAAAUUCAGAUUCAGUAACUUCCUCUAGCCACUUGUUACAAGUCAGAUACAUUUUACAAUUAAUGAGAAAUGUCUUAAAGAAGGAUUUUUAUUGUUAUUACUGUUAGUAUUAUUAAUAAUGUUAAAAUAAUGAUAAUGUCAAUAACAAUAAUAAUAUUUAACUUGUUAGGUGCUUCACUUCAUUAGGCUUCCUUGAGUGGCAAUUCUCCUGGGUGUGUGGCCUGUAAGCCUGGCCCACACAAACACUCAUGUGCAGUAUCAAAACUCAUUGCCUCCUCUCUGUGAGGUAGUUUACACUGUGCAAUAACAGUAGCAAUAAAUACCAUUGUGUUAUUUGUGUAGUAUUGUACAUUUCAUAUUAUUCAGCUUUCUAUAACACACCCUACAUCACCAGUAACAGCAGGUAGGAAUAAGUUCCUGGAUGUAAUGUCCUCCCAGGAGACAGCCCUCUCCCAGGCAUGGUCGUUUGCUGGUAAACUCUACCCUUGGGGAAUGCUGGAGCUCAUGAAUAAGCCACUUCCUUAAGGCUCAAUGAGUUAAUUUAAGUCCCAUGACAAGAUAUGCCCAUCACCCCUCCACCCCACCCCUCACCCCUCAUCAUCUGAGAAGUUUCCAUCACUCAUUACAAGAUGUCCACACUACCUGAAGCCGGUGGGUUAAUAAUAAUAAUAAUAUUUUAUAUAGAAUCCUUUAAAAUACAAGGAAUCAUGUAAACAGGUGAGGACUGUUAGGCCUGUUAUUUGACUCCUUGUGGAUGACUAAGCAUGUAUAAAGCUAUCUAAGUACAAAUAAAAUUGACAAAACAAAACAGUAGUGGAGAGUGCAUGUACCCAGUGCCUAAGGUUAAAAAGAGUUCAGAGUUGUUUAAAUAUAGUAUUCUAUAAAAGCAGAGACAAAUCUAACAUCUAAAAUAUUUUGAUAUAAUUCCCCAUAGCUGAGGAUAAUGUCUUGGAUUAUUUAUUCAUCUGAGUAAGACAAAAAAAAACGUUCCUUUCAAAAUAAUUGUAAUGAUAUUAUAUGUUGCAAAAUGUCAUUUUGCUGCAGUGGCAUGGUAAUUCUCAUAGCGUUACGUAUCUUUUAUCUAAAUGACAUUUUCUUCAAGGAUCUCUAUAUUUUCUUUUAAUUUAUCUUUAUAUGCUUUUGAACAAUGCUCUAUUUAAGAAAGCAUGCCCUUAAAAAGCUUGUUUAUGUGAAACUAUUUUAGUAAUUGUUAGUAGUGUACCCAAAAGUCUAGAGGAAAACUUGCCAUCAUUUUUUAAUGGGCUUGAAAAGGAGUAGUAUAGUAGCACAGAUAUAACUUGCAUGGUACAUGUGAGACCUUGCAUUUAUUAAAAGACCUCCUUCUAAUGCUUAUCACAGAGACAUUACUAUAUGUCAAGCUUGGAAAAGCUUAUUACUUGUAGCAGGCACGACUUGCUUUUUUUUAGAAUUAUACAUAAAAAGAUAGCAGUGGAUUAGUCAGGAGAUCACAGCUCAAGUUAACUUCUAGUGCUUGUAUAUAUGUGAAACAUAUGCUCUAAAUAGAUCAGACUAUUUUACUACAUGUCCUGAUAUUUGUGAAGACUAUUUAAAUAUAUAUAUGUGUGUAUAUAUAUAUAUAUAUAUAUAUAUAUAUAUAUAUAUAUAUAUUUAUUUAUUUAUUUAUUUAUUUAUUUAUUUAUUUAUUUAUUUAUUUGAGAAUAUCAUUUCCUUUUUCAUUUAAAUAUUGAUUCAAACUGUUCGUAGCAAAUAUUGAAAUCUGAUAUUUAUAUUUCUUUUGUUGUAUAGUUCAAGAUUAUUUGUUAUAAUUUAAGUGUUUUGUUGCAUUUGGAUGAAUAUCCACAUUUGAUAUUGGACUGUUUUAUGUCUGUGAUAUUGUUGAUUGUUAAUUUCCAGUAUAAAGUUGACUGCUACAAA